UUUGCUCGAGCCGUAUGCGCAAAAUAUGGGUGCGCUGCUGUAGUGCGGUCACUUCGGAAAAAAUUGAACCAGUGUAGUUUGAAGUGUUUUUGAACGUGACGUGGACGGAAGAGUGGGUGAAGGGAGAGUGCAGUUCAUAUCGGUUGGAGAUUGUUCGGUUUGUGUUCGUGCGGGUUCAUGGAUAUGUGCAGGUGAGUAUGGAUUGUUGUGGGGAUUAUUGUGUUGGGUACAAGGCUGCUGUGGUGCCGGUGAGUGUUGAGUGCGAGGCUGUUGUGGUGCCGGUGUCUGCUGAGUACGGGGUUGUUGCGGUAUCGGUGUGUAAGUGUUCGUGUGUUGUGUUCGUGAAUGUAGAGAUCGCGGCGGGAGCGAAAUGAACUCACGCACACCGAUCCCGACCGGCCAGGAGGCUGCGUUAAGUGCCUUACUACGAAGGGCAGCAGGGAUUCUGACCUUGAACGAUACAGCACUCAAUGGGCGAGGAACCGUUCCUGCUUUUAGCAGGCUAAAAGCAAUUACGUCUGCAGUGUCCAACUGCAAACACACCAACGAGACAACUUGCUCUAUGGUGACGGACGCAGCCAACCUUGAAAGAUGCAGCCAUAAAUAAUCGGUUCUUGGUGUCUGUGAAACGGUUGGUAUUGAAGCGGAGGUUGUAUUAGUACCUGUGAUUAUUGGUGGUAGUGAAGGACGAUCGAUUCGGUGAGUGUUGUUUGUAUUUGUGACGUUUGAUAUUGCUGCACUGUCAACAAACACGGCAUCUGAGGAUGCAACUGCAUCACGAAAUAAUCUUCGUCUUUUUCCGUUUGGUAGUGCAUCUGGGAGCAAUUGAUCGCUAUGUUGCAAGGAUGCCGAAUGGGCCGUGGCAAUUCCGGCAAAGCCAUCCCGAAUCUCCUGUAUCACCGGUGGGACCAAGCUAGCCUUCAUGGCAUCAACAGCAGCUGUGAGGGCUGCCUGAAACCCAACCUGCAUACCCAUGCCCUUGACCGCCUUGCUACGCGGAUUCCCGAUGGCGUUAGUACACCCAAUGCAACUCCAGUGCAGGGAAGCCAUCCGUUUCACUUCAUCGAUGACCGAUAUAGGCACCUUAGUGCACACCAGAUGAUGCCGCUGCAGAUGAACGUCGAAGCAGCCACAAAUAAAAGCCAAAUAUAUCGCGAACACGGUGGUUUUCGUCAGGAACACGAUGGCAGGGUCACGAGACUACACUUAUGGACACACUAAAACUGGUGUUGAUUAGAGCAAAACCAGAUUACACCAAUAAAAUAGCGGAUAAAUGCGGAGCGAUAGCAGUAGACACGCUGUGUUGACAACUGUCAAAUGUUUGGGGUCAAAUGACAACUGUCAAAUUGCUCCUUAACCAACAAUUCCAGCACCUUUUCGAGUACAUGCAACAUAUUGAUGGGACGAACCUCUUCCGCACUGGCAGCUCCGCUCACUUUAGGAAUAGGUAUUACCAAUGAUUCCUUCCAAGUCUCCGGAAAAAUACCCUCCUCCAGCGACUGAUUGAUCACUAUAAGAAGAGACUCUCCUACCACAUGGAAGCAAUCCUGAAUAGUAUUACAGUUAACAUUUCCUAUGCCCGCUGUUUUGGACAGGCUGAAACAAAUAGUUUUUAAUUUCUCUUUUGUAAUUUUCUGAAAUUUGAAUUGGUUUCCUGGAGCAUCAUUACAAAACAAAGAAUCAGGCGCUCUGGCAUCAGCAAUGUUUUGAUUUAUAUCUAAAACACUUUACAAAAAACAAAUUGAAUUUCUGGCAUAUUAUUGAAUCUUCCGAUUCUACCAACCCAUCAAAUUUUACAACAAAAACGCGUGAUUCCUCUGACCUUAGUAAACUUUUAAGCACUUUCCACAACUCCUUGCUAUCUCCUUUAUGCUUAGAUAUCUCACCACUAAAGUA